CUCUUGAAAGAGAAGCAAGAUGAAGGCUUCCUACCAGUUGUGUGUCCUCAUUGGCCUGGUGUUCAGGGUCCACUCAGGUCCUGUACCACCAUCUGUUGUUAAGGAUGAUGAAGAGUUUGCAAAGAAUUACCUGAAGAAACUGUACAACAUGCAAGAUGAGAACAAACCAUCUUUGGGGCGCAAGGUCAGUGAGAUGAGCUUGAAGCUCAGUGAGAUGCAGCAGUUUUUCAAGUUAAAGGUGACAGGAACUCUGGACGCUGAAACGCUGGAGAUGAUGAAGAAGCCCCGCUGUGGUGUUCCAGAUGUUUCUUCAUACAGGGCCAGAGCUUUUCCUAACAAAUGGUCUAAAAACAGCUUGACCUACAGAAUUGAGAAUUACACUCCUGACAUGUCUAAGGCUGAAGUGGACGACUCUAUCGAGAGAGCGCUGCAAGUCUGGGCUCGGGUCACUCCACUGAAGUUUACUCGCAUCUACGAUGGUGUAGCCGACAUCAUGAUCUCUUUUGCUGUCGGAGAUCACCGUGAUGGAUCUCCAUUUGAUGGACCUAAUGGUAUCUUGGCUCAUGCAUUUUUCCCUUCCCCUGGCAUCGGUGGAGACGCCCAUUUUGAUGAUGACGAGACCUUCACCUUCAAAUCUUCGCGGGGAUACAACCUGUUCAUCGUGGCUGCUCAUGAAUUUGGACACUCUUUGGGCCUUGACCAUUCUAAUGUUCCUGGUGCUCUGAUGUAUCCAACAUACAGCUACAGCCCUCCUGACACGUUUGUUCUGCCCAGAGAUGAUGUUAAUAGAAUUCAGUCUCUGUAUGGAUCAAGUACUGUCAAUCCUGAUAAGCCUGACCCUGAACCACCAGUCAACCCUAAUGCCUGUGACCCCAAUCUGGUCCUGGAUGCUGUUACAACCCUGCGUGGAGAGAAGCUCUUCUUCAAGAACAGGUUCUUCUGGCGCAGCCACCCACAGCUUACCACCACCGAUCAAUAUCUGAUCAAGUUCUUCUGGCCUGAUCUUCCAAAUAAUAUUGAUGCUGCUUUUGAGUAUACAUCAGCUGAUUUGGUGUACAUCAUUAAAGGUCAGAAGGUCUGGGCUCUCCGUGGUUAUGACAUUGUGAAAAGCAUGAGUCUCAGUGCCUUGGGCUUGCCAGCAGCAGUGAAGCAGAUCGACGCUGCCCUUUAUGAUGAAUAUUCCAGAAAGGUGCUGUUUUUUGUUGGCAGGUCAUACUACAGCUAUGACAUGAACAGGAAGGCAAUGGACAGAGGCUACCCGAAAUUAGUGACAACAAGCUUCCCAGAAAUGACGAAAAACGUUACUGCAGCUUUUCAGGAACAUGGUUAUUACUAUCUCUUCAGUGGGUCAGAGGUUUUCCAGUUUAAUAACGGAAGGCUGGUGAAGGUGCUGAAAAGCAACCACUUCUUGCACACCCCCUGCACUUCCCCCUCCAACCCACCAGAGAGAGCCAUCAUUGGGAUAUUGAACCACCUGACCCGCCCAGUUCACUUCCAGGUUCAUACAACCAUCCACAUCCUUUUCUUUGCUGAGAAAAAAGACUACCAAGGCCUAAACACCAUCACUAAGGGAAGCAAGAUGAAGACUUACUAUCAGUUGUGCAUCCUGGUUGCCAUGGUGUUCAGGGUUCGCUCAGACCCAGUACCACUGACUAAUGACUCGAAUGAUGAAGAGUUUGCAAAGAAUUACUUGAAGAAACUGUACAACAUGCAAGAUGAGAACAAACCAUCUUUGGGGCGCAAGGUCAGUGAGAUGAGCUUGAAGCUCAGUGAGAUGCAGCAGUUUUUCAAGUUAAAUGUGACAGGAACUCUGGACGCUGAAACGCUGGAGAUGAUGAAGAAGCCCCGCUGUGGUGUUCCAGAUGUUUCUUCAUACAGGGCCAGAGCUUUUUCUAACAAAUGGUCUAAAAACAGCUUGACCUACAGAAUUGAGAAUUACACUCCUGACAUGUCUAAGGCUGAAGUGGACGACUCUAUCAAGAGAGCGCUGCAAGUCUGGGCUCGGGUCACUCCACUGAAGUUUACUCGCAUCUACAGUGGUGUAGCCGACAUCAUGAUCUCUUUUGCUGUCGGAGAUCACCGUGAUGGAUCUCCAUUUGAUGGACCUAAUGGUAUCUUGGCUCAUGCAUUUUUCCCUUCCCCUGGCAUCGGUGGAGACGCCCAUUUUGAUGAUGAUGAGACCUUCACCUUCAAAUCUUCGCGGGGAUACAACCUGUUCAUCGUGGCUGCUCAUGAAUUUGGACACUCUUUGGGCCUUGACCAUUCUAAUGUUCCUGGUGCUCUGAUGUAUCCAACAUACAGCUAUAGCCCUCCUGACACGUUUGUUCUGCCCAGAGAUGAUGUUAAUAGAAUUCAGUCUCUGUAUGGAUCAAGUACUGUCAAUCCCGAUAAGCCUGACCCUGAACCACCAGUCAACCCUAAUGCCUGUGUCCCGGAUGCUGUUACAACCCUGCAUGGAGAAAAGCUCUUCUUCAAGAACAGGUUCCUCUGGCGCAGCCACCCACAGCUUACCACAACCACAAAAUAUCCGAUCAAGCGUUUCUGGCGCAAUAUUCCAGAUAAUAUUGAUGCUGCUUUUGAGUAUACAUCAGCUGAUUUGGUGUACAUCAUUAAAGGUCAGAAGGUCUGGGCUGUUCGCAGUUUCAAGGUUGUGAAAAGCAUGAGUCUCAGUGCCUUGGGCUUGCCAGCAGCAGUGAAGCAGAUCGACGCUGCCCUUUAUGAUGAAUUUUCCAGAAAGGUGCUGUUUUUUGUUGGCAGGUCAUACUACAGCUACGACGUGAACAGGAAGGUGAUGGACAGAGGCUACCCGAAAUUAGUGACAACAAGCUUCCCAGAAGUGACCAAAAAAGUUACUGCAGCUUUUCAGGAACAUGGUUAUUACCAUCUCUUCAGUGGGUCAGAGGUUUUCCAGUAUAAUAACGGAAGGCUGGUGAAGGUGCUGAAAAGCAACCACUUCUUGCAGUGCUAGUUAUUUAUACACACUGCCUUAUGGACAGCUGGAAGAAUCAUUUGUAAAGUGUAUUGUGUGAGUUGUGUUUUUGAAAUAAAACAUGUUAUUGGAAUUUCA